AUUCAACAACAUUCAAUAAACUUAACACGGCAGGUGUGCAUACCACUGAAAAAUGUAGGCCUUAUUGAAACCAUACCUUUUGAACAAUCAACUUUUUUUUUUUAACUCAAUGAAAGCGCAUCGUCUUUCCUGGAUAGUCAUACUGCUAAUUUAAUUAUGGGUUAGUACACUACGGAGGCCUCAUUUGUCUCCAAGCUAGAGCUAGUACUGGUUUGUGAGGUAUCGCGCAUGCGCGAUAAGCUGCGCACGUUCUCACGCGUGCGCAGUUACAAAUCCCAUGGAUCUGCUUUAAAUCACACCGAAGACAACGCAGCGCGCAGAUCCUUGAACGGAUACGUAUCUUUCAAGUUCUUAAAUUAGCCACAUUCAGCUUCGAGAUACCGCCCCCAAUUUCAGUGUCGGUACGGAGCCGCCAGGCCGGGACAGAGACGGAGAGAGAUCCCUCGGCCAUGGAAGCGCUCGGACCCGGCCCGCCUGCCCCUCCCUCCCUUUUCCAGCCACCACGCCGGCCUGGCUUGGGCACGGUGGGGAAGCCGAUUCGCCUGCUGGCCAAUCACUUCCAGGUGCAGAUCCCCAAGAUCGAUGUCUACCAUUAUGACAUCGAAAUCAAGCCAGAGAAGCGACCCCGGCGGGUCAACAGAGAGGUGGUGGACACCAUGGUGAGACACUUCAAGAUGCAGAUCUUUGGGGACCGGCAGCCUGGUUACGAUGGAAAGAGGAACAUGUAUACGGCUCACCCGCUGCCCAUCGGGAGAGACCGGGUGGAUCUGGAAGUGACCCUGCCAGGAGAAGGGAAGGAUCAGACCUUUAAGGUGUCUCUGCAGUGGGUGUCGGUGGUCAGUCUGCAGAUGCUCCUGGAGGCUCUGUCCGGUCACCUAAACGAGGUUCCUGAGGACUCCGUGCAGGCCCUGGAUGUCAUCACACGCCAUCUUCCGUCCAUGAGGUACACUCCUGUAGGCCGCUCUUUCUUCUCUCCCCCUGAAGGCUAUUACCAUCCGCUCGGUGGAGGAAGGGAGGUGUGGUUUGGGUUCCAUCAAUCUGUUCGUCCAGCCAUGUGGAACAUGAUGCUCAACAUCGAUGUUUCAGCCACCGCAUUCUACCGUGCCCAGCCAGUCAUCGAGUUCAUGUGUGAGGUUCUAGACAUCCAAAACAUUAACGAGCAGACCAAGCCCCUUACAGAUUCUCAACGUGUCAAGUUCACUAAGGAGAUCCGAGGGUUGAAAGUGGAGGUCACACACUGUGGGCAGAUGAAGAGGAAGUACCGCGUGUGCAAUGUCACCCGCCGCCCAGCCAGCCACCAGACGUUUCCCUUGCAGCUAGAAAAUGGACAAGCCAUGGAAUGUACCGUAGCUCAAUAUUUCAAACAGAAAUACAGUCUACAACUUAAAUACCCCCAUUUGCCCUGCCUUCAGGUGGGGCAGGAACAAAAGCACACGUACCUUCCCCUUGAGGUCUGUAAUAUUGUGGCAGGUCAGCGCUGCAUAAAGAAGUUAACCGAUAACCAGACUUCCACCAUGAUCAAAGCCACAGCUCGCUCAGCUCCCGACCGCCAAGAGGAGAUCAGCAGGCUGGUCAAAAGCAACAGCAUGGUGGGUGGCCCUGACCCCUACCUAAAAGAAUUUGGCAUCGUGGUGCACAAUGACAUGACGGAGGUGACUGGGCGGGUCCUCCCAGCGCCCAUGCUGCAGUAUGGGGGCCGGGUGAGUACAGACACUGGGAGGGACUGUGGCAGGAACAAGACGGUGGCUACGCCCAACCAGGGCGUGUGGGACAUGAGGGGGAAGCAGUUCUAUGCAGGCAUCGAAAUCAAGGUGUGGGCCGUGGCCUGCUUUGCCCCUCAGAAACAGUGCAGAGAGGAUUUGCUCAAGAGCUUCACAGACCAGUUGAGGAAGAUCUCUAAGGAUGCAGGCAUGCCCAUUCAGGGCCAGCCCUGCUUCUGCAAGUAUGCCCAGGGAGCAGACAGUGUCGAGCCCAUGUUCAAGCACCUUAAAAUGUCUUAUGUUGGAUUGCAACUCAUUGUGGUCAUCCUACCUGGGAAAACCCCUGUCUACGCGGAGGUGAAGCGUGUUGGAGAUACUCUGCUGGGCAUGGCAACCCAGUGUGUCCAGGUGAAGAAUGUAGUGAAGACCUCCCCUCAGACUCUCUCCAACCUCUGCCUCAAGAUCAACGCUAAACUGGGUGGCAUAAACAAUGUUCUGGUUCCCCAUCAGAGACCAUCUGUAUUCCAGCAACCGGUGAUCUUCUUGGGUGCCGACGUCACUCACCCCCCAGCAGGUGAUGGGAAGAAGCCGUCCAUCGCAGCAGUGGUGGGCAGCAUGGACGGCCACCCAAGCCGCUACUGCGCCACAGUGCGGGUGCAGACUUCGCGGCAGGACCUGUCUCAGGAGCAGCUCUUCAGCCAAGAAGUAAUCCAGGACCUCACCAACAUGGUGCGUGAGCUGCUCAUCCAGUUCUACAAGUCCACCCGCUUCAAGCCCACACGCAUCAUUUACUAUCGUGGAGGAGUGUCGGAGGGACAGAUGAAGCAGGUUGCAUGGCCAGAGCUGAUAGCCAUCAGAAAGGCAUGCAUCAGUCUGGAGGAGGACUACAGGCCUGGGAUCACCUACAUCGUAGUGCAAAAACGUCAUCACACCCGACUUUUCUGCUCCGACAAAGCUGAGAGAGUUGGGAAGAGCGGUAACGUUCCAGCAGGCACGACGGUGGACAGCACCAUCACGCAUCCCUCAGAGUUUGACUUUUACCUGUGCAGUCAUGCUGGUAUCCAGGGCACCAGCCGCCCCUCGCACUACCACGUGCUGUGGGACGACAACUGCUUCACUGCAGAUGAGCUGCAGCUGCUCACCUACCAGCUGUGCCACACGUAUGUGCGCUGUACUCGUUCCGUGUCCAUCCCCGCACCAGCGUACUACGCCAGACUCGUCGCCUUCCGCGCCCGCUACCACUUGGUGGACAAAGACCAUGACAGUGCGGAGGGCAGUCAUGUAUCAGGCCAGAGUAACGGUCGGGACCCUCAGGCCCUAGCCAAGGCAGUCCAGAUUCACUAUGACACCCAGCACACCAUGUACUUCGCCUAACUGCUUCAACCAGCAGGAGAUGCACUUCUGCGCUCCCUCUUCAUUUCUCUCUCUCUCUCUCUCUCUCUCUCUCUCUGUCUCUCUCUCUCUGUCUCUCAUCUUCAUUCACAACCAAAGCGGUUCCAAAGCCAGAGGGCUGGACACAUGUCAAGUGUUCGCCCUCAGUGGAACUGCCCACCAGCAACCCUGCACUGAGAGACCACUAGUCUCCAAGGCACAGAGUAAAUCAAAUUGAGCCAUUUAAGAGUUUAGUUUUUCAGUUUUGAAUGUCUUUUUUUUCUUUUUUUUUUCUUUUUUAAUUUGUAAUAUACACUGAGUGUGAGCAAACCUGCACCAUUUUUGUCGUGACUGCUCUGGCUCUCUCAGCUAAGCUGGACUUUGUCUACUUUUACCUCAGGCCACUGUUGGCUGAAACUUGUCCUUUUUAUGAUCGUAUUUUAACUCUCUCCGCUCAGUCUUUUACAAGCGAGGUGAUCUGGGUAUCAUACCCAUUACUCUUCUCCCAUUUCUUUCUUUUUAUUUUUUUUAUUAAUGUGUGUGCGUGUUUGUAUUGUAUGUAUGGUGUGUGUGUGUGUGUGUGUGUGUGUGUGUGUGUGUGUGUAUACACGUUUCAUGGCAGGCCACUGAAUUGUAAAGGGAAAAAUCAAGGAGUUAACUGCUGUAAAUGCCUCAGUUUAUUUUAUAGCGCUUCACAUUACAUAAAAUAUAUAUAAAAAGACGCAUCUAUAUAUAAGCUUAUUUCCAGUAGAUUUACAUUUUUGCAGGAUUGCGUAAGCCGAUGGUUGUGUAGCAGGAAUUAUCCGUUGUCUCAGCUGUGUGACUGACGGAGUACCGGGCCAGGACACCGCGGUCUGUCUUACAGGUUCCUUUGUGUCUGUGGCGAAGUUAGAAACACACAUGUCCUUGUAUGAGGUGCAGGGAUGGUUCUGGACGCAAAGCUGGCCCACCACAGGCUAGCGUAGUAGGCAACAAAGGGCAAAGCUUGCAAAAAUAACAGCACUCUCCCUUACCUUUUAUGCAUUUCUACAUAAGACUCGAGUCAGAUUUGUAAGAGUUUAAUAUAAAACCUUUUUUGUGGUUAUCUUAACUGUUUAGUGUAUGAAGUCAAUGUCGUUGUUACUGUUGUAAUGUUGCUGUUCUGUAUAUCGGACUGUCAGAAUCUCAGUUGCAUAAAGAAUUUAUCCAGGAGUUGUUUCGUUGGUGUCGGGCGAAUUCAGUUUCGAAGCUGAACACGUUGUAGCAUUCUGUUCAUGGUUGUGGGGCCCAAAGCGCUUUUGUUUGGUGUUCCUUUUUUUUUGGUUUCAGGUGAUUAUCAUUUAUGACUUGAUGUAUUGGAAGUAAUGACUUAUCAUGGCAAAGAUUUUGACCUUCUUUCUGUCCCUGUGUGUCAGACGGUGGCUUGCUGGGGAAACUGUUUAGACAAGGAAGGAUGAAUGACAAUCAGGGCUCAGGGGGAUAGUUCGAGCCGUUUAAAUAGUUGGCCAUUAUUUGAAUUUUACACUUGUGUUUUUCUCGCUGUUGUGCGUGAGUUUUUUGGGGGGGUUCCCUUUCUUUUGAGAUGGAAAAAUGCAAGCAUUGUAUUAUUUGCUAAGUGACACAAGCAUAAGCACUGCCUUUUUGAUUUGAUUUGAACAAUACCUGAUUUAGUGUGGUUGGAUGAUGGCAAGCCGUGUCCCGGGUUGCGUGUCGUCAGGCCUCUGUAUGCGUCUCGUCAGGUGGGUAGCUCAUCAAAAACCCUUUUGUAAUAAACCAACUAUAAAGCCACAGGUUUGCUAUGAAUGAGUUUGAGCGUUUGCCUGUUUUAGGACGUGACUCGUGGCCUGUUGAGAAUGACGGGGCGAUGGCAUCACUCGCAAUAAGCCGGAUUAAGGUGUUGUGCUUCUACGCAGACUUUUUUCUAACGUUGAUCCCAUAGUGUACCGUAUUUGGCAGAACAGUUGUGCCUCGUUAAGCAGGUUGUUAAAUGGCUAACUGGUAAAAUGACAAUUCCAAUUUCAUAUUAUGGCACAGCAAUAUACUUCAAAUGAUGAACAGCGAUAAAGCUAUAAUUCUUCUCAUUGAUGUGGCUGUUGGUAUGGUUGCCCAUGGGCAUGUGUGUUUCUGUUGGGCUUUCUUUUUUGUUUUGUUGUUUUUGUUUUUUUAUUGCUUGUGUCAAUCAGUGGGAAUGUGCAUUUGGUGGACUAGCUCUUUUAGGCUCUGUGGAAAGCUAUACAUUUUAGACUUUGCUUGCUUGCAUGCCAGAGUAUUGUCCUAAAUCUCUUACAGAAUAUUUAUUGUCUCAGAAAAAGGAAAAAAAAAAAAAAAACUUCUGUAAAGGUGUAUGAAUUAAUUGAGACUGCUUGUUUUUAGCGUAGCAAUAUUGACCAGUCUCUUUUUGACAAGAUUUGAAAAUUCCGUCUCCGACGUCAGUAAGUCCUGCGGGUCAGUCUGGAUGCUGCGAGUGAGUGCCGAGGCCAGUCUUGACAAAACUCCAACUCAAACGAGGUACAUUUUUUUUGUUUUGUUUUUUUCUUUUAUUUUUCUUUCAAUUGGGGAGCACCAAGACCGGCAUGUCACCCCCUCCAAUGGUUAACAGUAUGCCACACGACUGCUCAGCUCAGGCCCUGUUGCGCUGUGUAGUCCUGUGGUGCCCUGUUGAUGACGCUCACACUCGCAGCAUCCAGACACUCCAGGAUUACACAAGGAUUACCUCUUUUUAACCUUUUGACCCAUGGUUUCUCACUACUUCCCUGAUUUUAAGAGAGCAUGAUUUUUUUUUUAAAUCUCCUCUUUGAUAUAUAAAGAUUUGUUAUUGGACAAAAGUGUAUUGUAAUUUAUUUCUCUUUUUUUCUUUUGUGCGUGUAGCUUUUGUGCUGUAUUUUAAUGUUUUGAGCUGUGUGACCUGUCUAGUAGCAAUAGAGGGCGCUCUUGUUGACCUGCUGGGGCUUCCUCUGGCCUCCUGUUAGGGUGCCACAUCAUUUGGUGUAUUGCUAUUUGACGUUUAAAAAAAAAUAAUAAUAAUAAUCCCCUCUUCCUUUUUUUUUUUUUUUUUUUUUUUUGAAUUUUUUUUUUAAUUUAGCCUGCAGGGACUAUUCGUGUUAUUGUGCAAAGUAAUAAACUGGUAUUUUACGCCUA